AUGGCAGCCCUCCCGCUGUCGCUGCGACCCACCACCGUCGCGUCCCUGUCACCGCCUCCCGUGCUCGUCCCGCCCAUCAACUUUGCCCUCGUCGCGCCGGGCGUGUACCGCAGCGGCCACCCGAACCGGCGGAACUUUGGCUUUCUCGCGAGGCUGGGUCUCAAGACGGUCGUGUAUGUGGAGGAUGGAGACGAGUACCGUAAAGACGGCGCAGACUUUGUCGCGCAGCACGGUCUGACGCUGCACCGUUUCGACCUGAGUGACGAGGAGGCGCUGUUCACACCCUCGGGCCGCGCACGGCUGUACCAGGCCCUGGCGGUGCUCCUCGACACGCGCAACCACCCACUCCUCGUCCACGACGACACGGGCAAGGCGGCCGUCACGCUCGUGUGUGCGCUCGUGCGGUGUUUCCAGGCGUGGGCGCUCACGGCCGUGUAUGCUGAGGGAGACAUGUUCGCCGGUGCGGGGGGCAGCGAGGGUGGAGGCGUGGGCAACGCCGGGCGCGAGUUCAUUGCCAUGUUUGACCCCACGAGCGUGGUGCUGGACCGCGGGCAUGUGCCGCCGUGGGCGCGGGCGCGGGGGUUGUGA